GUGAUCGCGACCUUCUUUAGCACCGUUAGGUCAUUUGUUGGCAGUCGCCAGCCUACCAUGUGCAGCAUGCGCCAGGAAGAUGUCGCAGCCCUGGACUCAUUCUGAUCUGAUUAGCGGAAAUCACAUGUUGCGCUCAACCAUGCAUGCGUGGUAGGAAAGAUCGUCGCAAGGAUACGAGGAUACAUAAACUGUUCCAGGUAGCAGUGGAUAACAAGCCCAUACUCUCGGCAUGCGUUUUGUUACCUUCGUGAGCGCGUUGUCACUCGCUGCGCGUCAGGCGGCGGCAUCUCUUGCUACUUGCCCGGAUACCUCGAGUGCCGAGUAUGAUUACAUCGUGGUUGGUGCUGGCGCCGGAGGCGGACCCUUGGCGUCCCGUCUGGCACUGAAUGGGUUCAAAGUUCUGCUGAUGGAUGCGGGUCACAAUGUCUACAACGACAACACCACUGUCCCCCUCUACCUCGCUCGUGCGAACGAGGACCCUCAGAUGACUUUGGACUACGAAGUGACACAUUAUCCGCCUACGGGUCCCGGAAAUGUGACCAAAUGGUAUCCCCGCGGCUCGGCCCUGGGUGGCUCGACAGCCAUGAACGCGCUCAUUCAUCUGCGACCACAUGACUGGGAUCUGGACACGAUGGCCACCGAGUUGAAGGACCCUAGCUGGGGAUCGACCAAGAUGCGCAGCUACCUGACGAACAAGAUAGAAAACAACCUAUACAUUCCCCAGAUCAUUGGCUCGUUCCUGAGCUACGGUUACGGCGGAUGGCUGAACACCGAUUUCCCUCCUUUGAACCUCCUACUCUCGUUGAACAAUUUGGAUUUGCAACUUCUUGACAUUCUUACGUCGGUCAUCACGGCCGUGCUCCCUGUUGCUGGAACCGACUACAACGGCGACCCGGCAAACGACGGUGUCGCGGGUGGAGCUGCUGUGAUCUUGACGAAAGACUCUGCGCACAACAGGUCUUCAGUUCGCGAUCAUAUCAUGGCUACGAACCAAGCACACCCGAACAACCUCAUUCUGCAGACGGACACCUAUGCGACUAAAAUUCACACCUGCACAACUGGCGGCAACAACAUUGUUGCCUAUGCAGUCGAGGCCGCCACGGCUCCGGCUUUGAUUCCCGUUCACCGCUCGUUCACGGGCAAACCAGCUGGGGGCUUGCAGACCAAGCUUUACACUGCUAAGCGCGAGAUCAUCGUUUCCGCCGGGACGUUCCAGACGCCGCAGUUGCUCAUGCUGUCUGGAAUCGGACCUGCGGCUCAUCUUGCCCAACACAACAUCACACUGGUCAAGGAUCUUCCCGGCGUCGGCUCGAACUUGCAGGACCGGAUUGAAAUGACCGUCAUUUGGGAGAUGAAGAAGAACUUUACUCUUUUCAACGGCUGCAAAUUCACGGACAGUAUGGCUGUCGAUCCUUGCCUGGACACCUGGUCGCAGGAUGGUCACUCGAACAUCUACUCCUCUGGGCCAGCUGUCUGGGCUCACACUUACCGGUCGAAUGAGUCGUUGCCCUAUCUUGACAUGUGGUCCAUGUGGGGACCUGGCGCUUUCGAGGGCUACUACAAAGGAUAUCCCGUCAUCCUAGCCGAGCAGAGCGUGAAUCACUUUAACAACGUGCUUCUUAAAGCCCACACAUCCUCCAAGGGAUGGGUGCGCCUGACUGGCUCUGACCCGCAGGACCUGCUCGAGAUCAACAAAAACCAGUUCCAGACGGCUGAAGAUCUCGAGGAUCUACAGGUCAUGGUCGACGCAGUCAAGAAAACUCGCGCGUUGUGGGCCGCUAAGUCUGGAAUGAACUCGAACUCUCUGGGCGAGACCUGGCCCGGACCGAAUGUGCAGACGGAUGACGAGUUGAAAGAAUUCAUCAUCCAAAAUGCAUGGGGACACCACGUCUGCUGCACUGCUGCGAUUGGCGCGGAUGGAGAUCCAAACGCAGUUCUUGACAGCAACUUCAAGGUCCGGGGGGUCAACAAUCUCCGGGUGGUCGAUGCUAGCUCGUAUCCGUGGAUUCCGGGCAUGUUUAUGACCACUGCCACAUACCAGAUUAGUGAGAAAGCUGCCGAUGUCAUUACAGCUGCAGCCCGGUCGUAGAACUUGUAACAUACCACACACACAAUGUGACCUUGCUGAAUCAUCUAAAAUUAAAUCAUUGAGUGGCGUCCGAGUUUAUCUGAGUGCGCGUUCUGAAGCCCGGCCCCCGGGAACACUGACCCGAUCUAAGCCUCCGUUUCCAAGUACUCGGUGAUUCUUAGCAUGGUCAUCCAUGUGGGCAACUUGCAAAAUUGCCUCACGCGACACGAUGAUCGUCGCAAUUGCCAUAUGGAGAAACGGACCGCCACUGAUGAGAAGAGCCCGCGUUGACAGUUGCAUAUGAGCUUGGCGCUCACAUCUUGAGCACAUUGCGUGCCCGACCAGCUCAUUUGCUUUAACACGCUGCAUCACCCAUGCGAGAUAUCGAAAGAUGUUUGUCCCACAAUGCGCAACAGUUCGGUAUCUAGUGAUCUCGCUUUAAAACUUGGCUUCGCAGACAGUGGAUGAGGUGCUGCGAUGGUUUACUUCAUCAUCCCCCAGUGGUGGACUCUGCCCGUGUACAUCGCUCUCAUCUACCUGGGAGCGACGAGAACUCAGCUUGAGGCCAACAAUCUCUUCGACACGUACGAGGAUGGCGAAUUCCCUGUCAUGUCAUGCGCUGGGGUCAAUACAAACGCUCGGACGCUAGACGGGCUAUGCAAUAACUUGACUGUGCCCGGAAUGGGGUCCAUUAACACUCGUUUCCAUCGGUUCAUCCCUAUCAACGACAGUUGGUCUGAGACGGGGAGCACGCUUUACACCCCCAACCCUCGUCUCAUCAGCCAGAAGAUUCUCUCGCGCCAAUCCUUUACCCCGGCCACUUCAAUCAACAUGCUUGCUGUCGCAUGGAUCCAGUUCCAAACCCACGAUUGGUUCAGCCACGGAAUUGAGAACGACCCGAACAACUUCCUUGUGUGGGAUGUACCCGCCGGCGAUCCCCUGCUGGCGACCGGACAGAAGAACAUGUCUCUCCGGCGCACUGUGUUCGAAACCCACGAUGGCCGGCCGAACACUUACACUAACGUCAACACUCACUGGUGGGAUCUCAGCCAGAUCUACGGCGUCGACAACGCGACCCAUGCUCCGCUACGCGCCGGGGUUGACGGCAAGAUGAAGGUUGCCGCUGACGGCCUGCUUCCGAUGGGAGCGAACGGCCUCGAUGCGACGGGUUUCAACGACAACUGGUGGGUCGGUUUGUCGAUGAUGCACAACAUCUGGACGAAAGAACACAAUGCGGUGGCCGACAUGUUCAAAGCAGCCAACCCUUCGUGGAACGACCAGGAGAUCUACGACCAUGCCCGUCUCGUGACCACAGCUCUCAAUGCCAAAAUACACACGGUUGAGUGGACACCUGCUCUGCUCCAGGACCAGACGCUGCAGAUGGCCAUGAAUGCCAACUGGUAUGGUCUUGCUCCAGCAUGGCUGCAGAGCUUCCCGGACAUCUUUGACCAGCAGAUCUCCGAGGCCUGGUACGGCAUCAUCGGUGGCAAACCAGACUUUGCUGGGGUACCCUUCGCACAUAGCGAGGAGUUCGUCAGUGUCUACCGGUUCCACUCGCUCCUCCGCGACAACAUCACCAUUCUCAACCACGCCGACGGGUCGAGCACCGGAAACACGUACGAUAUCGUCAACUACACGUUCGCCAACGCCUGGAAUGUCAUCCACGACAACGACUUCAGCGAUGUCGUCUACACGUUCGGUGCCGACUACCCUGGCGCGCUGCAGCUGGGCAACUACCCGAAGGCGAUGCAGAACCUGAAUAAGCCUGGAACCCCAUACAUGCUUGACAUGGCCGCUGUGGACAUCAUGCGCGACCGAGAACGUGGCGUGCCGCGGUAUAACGAGUUCCGCCGGCUGUUCUCGCUCGUCCCGGCCAAGACCAUGGACGACAUCUCUGACGACCCAGCUGCAGUCGCAGCCCUCCGGUCCAUCUACGGCAACGACGUCGAGAGCGUGGACAUGCUCGUCGGAUGUCUGGCCGAGAGCCCGCGUGCUACCGGAUUUGCGUUCAGCAAUACCCAGUUCCAGGCUUUCAUCCUCGCUGCCUCCCGCCGGUUGAUGACGGACCGCUUCUUCACUACCGAUUACACUCCUGCUGUUUACACCCAGCAGGGAUUGGACUGGAUCGCCAACUCGGACUUCCGCACAGUCAUUGGCCGAAAUAUGCCGGAGCUCAACGCGUCGGCUCACUCUGUAGAUAAUGCGUUCAAGCCCUGGGCUGUCCCCAAGU